AUGGAGAAAGCAGUUGAAGUAAAACUCAAUGCCAUUCAGAUGGUGUGUUUUUCCAGUUAUUUCCUGCCAGGGUAUGUUGCUCACAAAGAUGCAUCCGUGCCACAGAUUUGGCCACGAAAAGGAGAUCCCCCAACUCAAGCACCAUCGAAAAGGAAAAAGCUUGUCUUCUUUGCCGGAGAAAUGAACUCUCGAGUACGUAAAUAUCUUCUUCAAGAAUGGAGAAAUGUCACUGAGAUCUUUGUCCACCAAGGAAGGCUCAAAACACCUUACUCUGAAGCUCUUCUUGGCAGCAAGUACUGCAUCCAUGCCAAAGGCUUUGAGGUGAACACGGCUCGUAUCGGGGAUGCACUGUAUUAUGGAUGUGUUCCUGUCAUCUUGGCCGACUAUUAUGAUCUCCCAUAUGCAGAUAUAUUAAAUUGGGAGAGCUUCUCUCUGGUUGUUUCAACAGUAGAUAUCCCAUUGUUGAAGAAAAUAGUUGAAGAGAUAAGCUUUGAUCAGUAUUUGAGAUUACAGAGCAAUGUACUGAAGGUACAAAAACAUUUCCAGUGGCAUCAUUUUCCAGUUGAUUUUGACGCUUUUUACAUGGCUAUGUAUGAGCUAUGGCUCAGAAGGAGUUAUGUGAGACUCCCCUUGGGUGCUUUGUAG